AGUUUUCAACAAGAUUCAGAGUAAUAAGUUCUGUAUUUGUCUGGCGAGUGACAAGUGAUUAAAAAUUGAUCCUGGAGAAAGUACUAUCAUUCGUGAAAGUAAUUUAUUUUAUAAGUGAAGAAUAAUUCAUAGAAAGUAGUGUCACAAAAUGCGGUGGUUUUUGCUAGCAUUAGCUUGCGUCCUGGCGGUUUGCGCCGAGGAGAAGAAAGAAAAGGACAAGGAAAUCGGUACCGUGAUCGGUAUUGACUUGGGUACCACAUAUUCUUGUGUUGGUGUUUACAAAAAUGGAAGGGUUGAAAUUAUUGCCAACGACCAAGGUAAUCGUAUUACUCCGUCAUAUGUAGCAUUCACUGCUGAAGGCGAGAGGCUCAUCGGUGACGCCGCAAAGAAUCAGUUGACCACAAACCCCGAAAACACUGUAUUUGAUGCAAAACGUCUGAUUGGUAGAGAAUGGACCGAUAGCACUGUGCAACAUGAUGUAAAAUUCUUCCCAUUCAAAGUUGUUGAGAAGAACAGCAAGCCUCACGUGUCCGUCCAAACUGCACAGGGUGACAAAAUAUUUGCGCCCGAAGAAAUCUCUGCUAUGGUUCUUACAAAAAUGAAGGAAACUGCUGAAGCUUACCUUGGAAAGAAAGUUACACAUGCAGUCGUCACAGUACCUGCUUAUUUCAAUGACGCUCAACGUCAAGCUACUAAAGAUGCCGGUGUUAUCGCUGGUCUUAAUGUUAUGAGAAUCAUUAACGAACCUACCGCUGCUGCCAUUGCAUACGGUCUGGAUAAGAAGGAGGGAGAAAAGAAUGUCCUAGUUUUCGACUUGGGUGGUGGUACCUUCGAUGUGUCUCUUCUUACAAUCGAUAAUGGUGUAUUCGAAGUAAUUGCUACAAAUGGUGACACUCACUUGGGUGGUGAAGACUUCGACCAGCGUGUCAUGGAACACUUCAUCAAACUGUACAAGAAGAAGAAGGGUAAGGACAUCAGAAAAGAUAACCGUGCAGUUCAGAAACUGCGUCGUGAAGUCGAAAAGGCGAAGAGAGCUCUGUCAUCAAGCCACCAAGUCAAGAUUGAAAUUGAAUCCUUCUUUGAAGGUGAUGACUUCUCAGAAACUCUUACCAGGGCUAAGUUUGAAGAAUUGAACAUGGACCUGUUCAGAUCAACCCUCAAACCAGUACAGAAGGUUUUGGAAGAUGCUGACAUGAACAAGAAAGAUGUCCACGAAAUCGUGCUUGUUGGUGGUUCUACUCGUAUUCCUAAGGUACAACAACUUGUCAAGGAGUUCUUCAACGGCAAAGAACCAUCCCGAGGUAUCAACCCUGAUGAGGCUGUCGCUUAUGGUGCUGCUGUCCAAGCUGGUGUACUGAGUGGAGAACAAGACACUGACGCCAUUGUACUUCUUGACGUCAAUCCUUUGACCAUGGGUAUUGAAACAGUCGGAGGAGUUAUGACCAAACUUAUCCCACGUAACACUGUCAUUCCUACCAAAAAGUCCCAAAUCUUCUCAACCGCUAGUGACAACCAACACACCGUAACAAUCCAAGUGUAUGAAGGUGAGCGUCCCAUGACGAAAGACAACCAUUUGCUUGGAAAAUUCGAUUUGACAGGCAUCCCACCAGCACCAAGGGGUAUCCCACAAAUUGAAGUAACAUUUGAGAUCGAUGCAAACGGUAUCCUGCAAGUAUCGGCCGAGGACAAGGGUACAGGAAACCGGGAGAAGAUUGUCAUUACGAAUGAUCAGAACAGAUUGACGCCCGAAGAUAUUGAGCGGAUGAUCAAGGAUGCUGAGAAAUUUGCCGAUGAAGACAAGAAACUAAAAGAACGCGUCGAAGCUAGAAACGAACUAGAGAGCUAUGCCUACUCCAUCAAGAAUCAACUUCAGGACAAAGAGAAGCUUGGUGCUAAAGUCAGUGAAGAGGAGAAAACCAAGAUGGAAGAAGCAAUCGACGCAGCUAUUAAAUGGCUUGAAGACAACCAAGAUGUUGACUCUGAAGAGUACAAGAAGCAGAAGAAGUCAUUGGAAGAUGUCAUCCAACCAAUAAUUGCCAAGCUUUACCAAGGUCAGGGUGGAGUACCACCACAAGGAGCGGGCGACGAUGACGAAUUCAAAGACGAACUGUAAGGAAUAAGGACUAUUAACGAGAUAUCAUAGCCAAACGUGAUCUCCGUAAUGAUACAGCCUACCUAUAGUUACUGAAGGCGCGGUGUGCAUAGUUCAAUUCGCGGGUACCGAAGUGUUUGAGCUCGUGUUGUAUAUUUAUUCGUGUGUAUGAGUGUUUGGGAUGUGUGAUAGAAAAGCUAAUGACUGACUUCUGUGUUUUUAUCCUGACGUUGCAAAAGGGAUGUAAUUCAAAGCAGUUAAAAAUGUUGUAACAUUAGGUUAAAAUGAUAGAUAAGUCACUGGUGAUGAAUCUGUUUGUAUCAAAUUCACCGCACAUUACGUGUGAUUGUUUUAUAUGUUGUAAGUUUUGUAUAAAUUAUGCAUUUUUAAUUUUAAUUGAGCAAUGGUGUUGUACUGAGAGAGGAACCUGUUUAUUUUUAAUAGUCUUCCUCGAUUAUGCGUUUUAGUCUCUGCUUAUACAGAGACAACCUCAUUGUAAUUGUAAUUGUUUUUGAGACUGCUGAAUUGUUAGUUCUUAAAUAGCAUUUUAAUUAUGUAGAAAUAUGAAAGAACCGAAGGAGUUAAUAAAAUUUUCUAAUAAGUU